AUGGCCCGCAAGGCAUCGGAACAGGAGAUAUGCCAGUCAGUGCUUGGUUUUGUAACGGAGGGCACCUACCCAACAUCUGAGAAUGUCAUUGCCGCGGAGUUUCCGGUAUCUGCUCUCGCAAAGGAGCUAGAGCUCAUCUCAAAGGCAAGGGAGGAAGUGGAAGCGGGGAUUACUGUACUAAGCCGUGACAAUGACUUUGACGCCGAUGGAUGGAUUUCACAAGCAAAACAGCUUCAUGCAGACAUCGAGCGAUCUCGUGUCACUGCGAGGGAGAUCGUCGCGCAGCAUGAGAAUACAAACCCUUUACAACUGAAGGUUGACGAUGCCGCUGCCAAGUUCCAAUUGGUUGAAACUGAAAUCGCAUUCAACCAAGCUGUAACGCACACACUUGAGGAGGUACAAAGACUAUGUCAGCGACUCGAUGCUGGGCGGGCCAUCCUUGGAGAGGGCCAGGUGAUGGACGCAAUCGAAACAUUAGAAGCGACCGAGGAGGCCAUAAGAAAAGACAGUCUCUUUUUAAACACCACUGUCAUGCACGUAUUAUUAGAGAAUAUCAGCGAACUGCGGAGGGAAAUUGCGGAGUACCUCCGUGCUCGCUGGAGCAAGCAGUUGAACGUUGACAGAAAGGAGAGUAUCUUGACACUCUUGAAUGACAAUGGGCAUUCAUUGGAAGGAACUAUCACGGCUCUGGGCCACCUUGGUAUGCUCGCGAUGUGCAAGGAUAAGUUCGAGAAGGACUUAAUUGCUACCCUUUUCGAUCCUAUUCUACUACCCGCAGUUGAAGGCCAAAGCCGUGGUAUCCAGGUCGGAGAGUCAUCAAUUCAAAUAGAAUCCCAACCAUCGAAGGCAUCAGUGUCUGAGGUUUUGGACCGCCUCGCCACAACCUUGGGCUUCCUACGCCAACACCUUCCAGCAACAGUCUCGGACUCAUUUUCGGAUUCACUCAUCCCGACCCUCUCAUCGAAUGUGAUAUCCUACUGGCUGUCUUCUGCCAUACCCACAGACCUCGAAGGUCUGGGUAUGUUCGAAAAUAUCUUAAACUACGUUUUAAAGUUUACCAACACGAUGGAGACCUUCGGGUGGCAGGGGUACGAGGAACUUGUUUCUUGGGUCAAUCAGGCCCCUCGUUUAUGGCUCACCAGGCGUCGAGUAGAGCGUGUUGAAAAAGAGGAGGUUUCUGGUAAGGAUGAGGUCCUACUGGAGAAUACGACUGAUGAUUGGGAUGCUGGCUGGGAUGACGAGAACGAACAAGAGACCACAGCGAAGCAUUCCGGAAAUAAAGAAGACGAAGAGGAUGUCAGCGCAUGGGGUCUGGACGACGAUACCGAGGAGAACACAGCUGAAAUGAAGCCUGAUCCGUCUGCUGAAGAUGACGCUGCCGAUGCUUGGGGCUGGGGAGACGAAGAGGAGGAAGAGCAGACUGAUGAUGCACAGAUCAAAAGUACAAAUGAGGGCAAAUCUGUCAAUGGGAAAGAUUCAGCGCAUCAUUCCUCUCCCCGAGAGGUCACAUUGAAAGAGCAGUACACCGUAACCGACAUCCCUGAUUCUAUCCUUGAAAUCAUUCAGCAGCAAAUCAAAGACUCUGAAGCUAUAUCGCAGCCUAUAUAUUCUCACUCCCGCGUUGUUUCCUCUGGUGCAGGCCUUCUUGCACUUCCGACCUUGAUACUCGCCAUGUUCAAGGCCACAGCGUCAUCGUUCUACGGUCUUAAGCUCAACUCAGGGCAAAUGUACCUAUACAACGAUAGUUUGUAUCUUGCUGAUAAAGUGCGCAAUCUUUCAGAGGAACAUCAGCUCACCAGGCUCCAUGCCGAUAUCGAUGCGCUCCAGAAGUUUGGCAAAUUCGCCUACAGUAGAGAGAUGCAAACACAACGCACCAUUGUCACAGACCUGCUGGACGGCGCGCAAGGUUUCAGCCAAUGCUCUGAGCAGCCGUUCCUGGGAGAAUGUGAAAAUGCAGUUAGUGCAACUGUUGACAGAAUCCAUGACGUCUACAAGGAAUGGCAACCCAUUCUGUCACAUUCCGCACUACUUCAGUCUGUUGGUUCUCUGGUGUCAACUGUUAUCAAUAAGAUCAUCAUUGAGAUCGAAGAACUAGGUGAUAUAUCGGAGGCGCAAUCCCAACAGCUUGUGUUGUUCUGCAACCAAGUGUCUAGGCUGGAAGAUCUAUUCAUGCCAGAGACAGCGGAUGAUAACGCACGUAUACCAAUGACCGCUGUCUAUGUGCGAAAUUGGUUGAAAUUCCAGUACCUUAUCAACAUACUGGAAAGUUCGUUGGCCGAUAUCAAGUUCCUCUGGCUAGAGGGCGAACUACGUCUAGAAUUUUCGCCUGAGGAGGUGGUUGACCUUAUCGAGGCUCUUUUCGCAGAAUUUUCGACAACGCCGCUUCAGACUCCCCAGUUCCAUUUGUCCUUCUACGGUUCCAAAAUGAGCGAGGGCUCAAAUUCCACUUCGGCUGCGGCCUCUGCGCAGAGACAGGUUCGUGUGCAGCUCACUAGCAAACAAGAAGACAUUGCAUUACCUGAGAAUACCGGCCCGAUUCUCGUUCCCACAGGUCUUCGAAGAUAUGCACUCUCGACGUUGGUGAACAAUCUCCUUGGCAAUGACAAGCCAAUUCCAUUCGAGUUUUUGAUCAACGGGUCUUUCCUCCGGACUUCGAUCGAUGAAUACCUGACUGCCAAUGGUAUUUCUGCGGAAACUACUCUAGAAAUCGAAUAUGUGAGAGCUUUGAUUCCACCUCUGCAUAUUGCAUCGUUUGAGCAUGAUGACUGGGUAAGCUCAGUUGAUGUGCUAUCCGCGACCUCGCCCGCCGCUUCUUUGGCCUCUGCAACAAUUGUCGCAGGCCAAGAGAAGAUCCUCUCCGGCAGCUAUGAUGGCCUGCUUCGAGUGUGGAAUAUGUCAUCUCAAAUAAUUGCAACCUCGCCGUCUGCUGCUGAUGGUGGUCAUACCGCAUCUAUUAAAGCCGCCAAGUUCGUUUCCCCAAAUUCGAUUGUAUCCGCAGGUCUCGACCGAACGGUGCGUCUGUGGAAGUAUUCUGAGGAUGGCGACGGCUUCUCGGGCAAAAUAGCGCCUCAACUCGAGUUGUAUGGGCACAAGGACCCUAUCAACUCAUUGUCUGUUCAUGCGCCUUCGAAUCGCAUUCUUUCUGCCUCGUCAGACCAUAGCAUAGGUUUCUGGUCAACCAAGAAAUCAGAUGCACCAGCCGCUCCAGAGGAUUUAUUGCCAUCUGCAGCCUUGAGGAGCUCCAAGAGGAGAAAGCUGAAUUCGUCUGUGACCACCCCGCAACGGGGACCCCUGGCACUCUUGUCCUCCCACAGUGCUCCUGUGUCGGCUGCAAUCUUCGACUCCAAUGAUUCCACUGUUGGUUAUUCAGCUUCUUGGGACCAUUCCCUGCGUACAUGGGACCUUGUAACUGCUACACUUGUGGAUACUCGGACAACAGCUCACUCGCUGCUUUCACUUGAGCACCUCCCUGAACACCACCUGCUCGCCGCAGGAACAUCCGCUCGUCAUAUCACCCUGAUCGAUCCUCGGGCAUCAGCAACUACAAUUGCGGCCAUGACUUUGCGAGGCCACACAAAUGCCGUUGUCUCGUUGGCUCGUGAUCCCAACAGUUCCUAUGGUCUCAUUAGUGGAAGUCAUGACGGCACAUGUCGGAUUUGGGAUAUCCGGGCCACGAAGACAGACAAGGAUGGCGUGGUUGGGGAGAGUGUAUAUUCCAUCUCCCGCAAGAGCCUGGAAGAACAAGGUAAAUCUGAGGCCAAGCGUGUCGGCGGAGAGGGCGUCAAGGUUUUCGGUGUGGCCUGGGAUGGUACAGUAGGCAUUGUCAGUGCCGGUGAGGACAAGAGGAUCCAGAUCAAUCGGGGCGAAGGCGUCUUAUCUUCUGCGUAG